AUGAACAUUCUUAUAAUAGCCACGAUCACUUUAUCUGUUCUUUCUCUUUUGAUCUAUCUAAUAUGUUAUAUCAUUAGUGAGAGUGUAGUGAUCUCUAUAGGCAUUACUUUAUUUUGUUUAUACUAUUUAGGUCACUUGAUAUGCACAUUAAUUACAUUUCCAGGAUCUGUAAAAUCACUUUAUUACAAAUUUACUUUGUUGAGUCUAAGUGAUUAUUUAGUAAGUAGAACCUUAUAGAAUUUAACAAUAAUCAUCAAUUCAAUGAAUACUAAUAAGUAUACUUAUUAAAUCAUUGAAAAUGCUAUCAAUUUUUUGAAUAUUCAAUGUAGGACUUUAACAGAAAUGAAAUAGAAAAACGAUUAGUAAAAUAAGUAUCAUGCCUAAUUAAAGCUUUUGAAUGAAGAAUUAAUUCAAAUUCCUAAGAAUGAAUUACCUGAUAAAAUAUCAACUGAGAAAAAAUAAAGAAUUACAUCUUAUUGCAAAUAAUUAUAAAUAUUCCUUGAACAUCAUUCAUAUCAAAUGUCUUAAAUGAAUAUUUUUCAAAAAUUCAUAUAACCAGAAUUUCUCUGUACUUUAUAAUAAAGAAGAAUUGAAAUUUUAAUUUAAUAUAAUAAUAUCGAAAGACAUAAUCUUAAGACAUCAUAAAAAGAUACUAUUGAUUGUUUAUUUAUUAAGAAUAAUGAUAAUGGAUCAACUGUGCUUUUUUGUAAUCCUAAUGCUGGAUAUUAUGAAUAUAUGUUCUUUGAUGUAAUAAAUAUAUAUAUAAUAGUGUGAUUGGUUUAGAUUCUAUACCUAAUUAAAAUUUAAUAUAAUUUUAUGGAACUAUAGAGGUUUUGGAGAAAGUACUGGUAAUAUUUCAGUAGAAAAUUGUAUUGAGGAUGGCCGUUUUGUAGCUGAAUAUUUUAAAAACAAAUAUAACAUAAAAACAUUGGGUGUACAUGGUUAAUCUUUAGGAGGAAUGGUAGCAUCAGAAGUUGCCUAUAAAAUGAAACUCUCAUUUUUAAUUGUAGAUAGAAGCUUUUCCUCUUUAGGACAAGUAGCAGCAACAAUGUAAUAAAUAAAUCAAAAAUGAUAGGUUCUCCUCUUCAAGUGUUAGAUUCAUUUAUAAUUGUCUUGUAAGUUGGGAUAAACCUAAUUAUCUCUCUUAUUACAAUUAUGUAGGACCUAAAUUAAUUAUUUAAGAUCCAAAAGAUGAAAUAUUACCUUAUGAAUCUUAGUUACAAACUGCAAUAGUACGUUGUCACUUUGCUGAUUCAACAAUCAAAUAUUCUUUUAAACAUUCAUAUUUUAAUUAAGAAUCUAAAUGUAUAAGAAUAUUAUAAAUUUAGAAUAUUUGAAAUACUUUUAUACAUAAAUAUUACCAAAAAAAAAUGUUUUAUAAUUAUGUACAUCAUUAUAAUACAUUAUUAAUUUGGCAAUAAAAAUUAAUUAAGCUGAAAAUAAAUCAGAAUCUGAAAACAAUAAAAAAUAUAUUGAAUUGUAGAAUAAUGAUGAUGAAUUAGAUGCAGCUAAACCUAUACUUUAAUAAAUAUAUUCUAUAUUUUCAUUAAUCCAUUAUUGUGGCAAUAGUUUAUUAGAUGUAAUGCAUAGAUAAGCUAAUCCAGAGAAAAUAGCAUUAUUUUUUGGUAGUUGUUUUGCAUUUGAUCAAUAAGAUGACAGUGAAUUUGAAAAAUGCUUUCGAAAUUUCGAAGUUGCUUGUUAAGCAUUUUUAGAACAUUCAAAUUAUUAUAUAAAUUGGGGAAAUGUAAUUAAAAAAUUGUUAUUGUUUAGAUUAGAACUCAUGUUAAAAUUAUUAGAGAUAUAAGUAGAAUUAUUAUUGAUAAAUUCUAAUAAAUAAAAUAAAAUAAUGAUUACUCUCUUGAAAUGACAGGUUAUACUAAUGAUUCAGAUUUAAGUAAAAAAAAUAUGUUAGGAUAAUUGAUUUCAGUUUCAUGUGGACAUAAUAAUAAUUUAAAUAGAGAAGAUAUCUAUUUAGUAUAAUAAUUCUUUUUGAAAAAUAAACUGAGAUGA